AUGCCUAAUACAAAGUGGUGGGGACCACUUGUCAUUUUUGAUGGGACAGACACUUGUCGCGGUAGUUUCUUCUCUCCCCUUUUGGACAGAAGCAGUCGGAACUUGAUAGAUUGCCAUCUGGAGUUGUUCAAACCGCUUUAUCAGCAGGAACAGGGAAGAAAGGGAACCGAAAGUGUACCGUUGACUCCAACUGGUGUUGCUAGUGGUCCAGUCAUAACAGCACUUGAAUCUGGUCAUAAAGAAGGACUAUCGUCCAGUCCUGAGAGUGGGCACAAUACGAUUCGGUACAGCUCACCGGAGAAUAUAGGCAUCAGAAGCAUGGCAUCUUGGCGGGAGGGAAAAUGCAAGUCUAUACCUGCUGGAAGUUGUUCCCGCGGCACAUUCUCAUGUUUUCCUCUUAUUUUCUACCGGUCAACUAACGUCCUUUAA